GCAACGCCGGAAGUCUCGCGAGAGCGUGCGCCGGAAGUUACGCAACGCGAGUUGCGCGCGGGAGGCGCGUGACGCGGAGCGGGGAUUCCGAACGGCGGAGCGGGAGGGAUCGAUCGGCAGCGAUGCCGCGGAUCACGCUGAGGGGCGUGACGGUGGAUUUCCCUUUCCAGCCCUACGAGUGCCAGGAGACGUACAUGGCCAAAGUGCUCGAGUGUCUGCAGACGAAAGUAAACGGCAUUCUAGAGAGCCCUACAGGCACAGGAAAGACCCUGUGCCUGCUCUGUUCCACUCUGGCCUGGAGGGAACAUAUCAAAGAUACCAUCUCAGCCCGCAAAAUUGCACAGCGUAUGAAUGGAGUCGAACUGUUCCCUGACAGACCCAUGUCUUCCUGGGGCAGUGCUGCCACGGAUGGUGACAUCCCAACGUAUUACACAGACAUUCCUAAAAUAAUUUAUGCAUCCAGAACUCACUCUCAGCUUACACAGGUCAUUAAUGAAUUAAAGAACACAGUCUACAGGCCAAAGAUAUGUGUUUUGGGUUCCAGAGAGCAGCUUUGUAUCAAUCCUGAAGUGAAACGACAGGAGAGCAACCACAUGCAGAUCUAUAUGUGCCGAAAGAAAGUGAUGGCUCGUGCUUGUCAUUUUUAUAACAACGUGGAAGAGAAGUCUACAGAGAAAGGACUGAUGGAUUCAAUCAUGGAUAUUGAAGACUUGGUUAAAAAUGGAAGCAAGCACAGAGCUUGUCCUUAUUAUCUCUCUCGAAGCUUGAAGCAGCAGGCAGAUAUUAUUUUUAUGCCUUACAACUAUUUAUUGGAUGCAAAGAGCAGACGAGCUCACAACAUAGAGCUGAAGGGGACUGUGAUAAUACUUGAUGAAGCUCACAAUGUGGAAAGAUUGUGUGAAGAGUCAUCUUCUUUUGAUCUGACAGCCUACGAUUUGGCUUCAGCAAUUGAUGUUAUAAAUGUAGUACUGGAAGAACAAGCCAAAGUAGUUCAACAGAAUGAAGUAAAUGCUGAAUUCAAUAUGGAGAGCAUCAGUUCAGGGCUGAACAUGGAACUUGAAGAUAUAGCAAAGAUAAAGAAAAUUCUUCUUCAGCUAGAAAGUGCAAUUGAUGCAGUGGAGCUGCCACCAAAUGACAGUGGAGUCACCAAAGAUGGAAGCUAUAUCUUUGAACUGUUUGCAAAGGCCCAAAUAACGUUCCAAACCAAAGCCUCACUCCUGGAGUCACUAGAGCAGAUCUUACAGUUUCUUUCAGGCCGCACUGGGAUAUUCAUCAAUACGUCAGGAUUGCAUAAACUCUCAGAUAUUAUCCAGACUAUAUUCAACGUUGAUCCUCCAGAAGACACAACAAGUUUUGUGCCACCUCAGUCGAUAUCCAGAUAUUAUAAGGUACACAUUCAUCUGGAUAACAGUAAUCAGAAGAAGAAGAAGGAAAGGACAGAUCUCUGGGAUUCAUCAGCUGCAAAAAAACAAGGAAAGACCUUAAGCUAUUGGUGUUUCAGCCCUGGAUAUAGCAUGCAUGAGCUUGUUCGACAGGGAGUCAGGACAAUUAUCCUUACUAGUGGGACUCUCUCCCCUCUCUCAUCGUUUACAAUGGAAAUGCAGAUCCCUUUUCCUGUUCUCUUGGAGAAUCCUCAUGUUAUUGAUAAACGCCAGCUCUGGGUUGGAAUCAUUCCCAAAGGACCUGAUGGAGCUGUGCUCAAUUCUACUUAUGAGAGAAGAUUUUCAGAGAACUACUUAUCUUCUCUGGGGAAAACCAUUGGUAAUCUUGUGCGAGUUGUACCUCAUGGACUGUUGGUAUUUUUCCCAUCAUAUCCUGUCAUGGAUAAGAGCCUGGAAUAUUGGAGAGAGCAUGAUUUUGCUAAGAGAAUAGAAGAAGUGAAGCCAAUGUUUGUGGAACCCAGGAAUAAAGGAAGCUUUGCAGAGGUAAUGGAUGCAUACUAUGGUAAAAUUGCCUGUCCUAAAUCCAAUGGUGCUGCUUUUUUGGCAGUGUGUCGAGGGAAGGCCAGUGAAGGCUUGGACUUUGCAGACAUGAAUGGACGAGGAGUCAUCAUUACUGGCCUUCCAUUUCCUCCUCGUUGGGAGCCCAGAGUUGUUUUGAAGAUGCAGUUCCUGAAUGAAAUGAAAAAAAGUAGUAUGGGUGCACAGUAUUUAUCUGGGCAUCAGUGGUACAAUCAGCAAGCUUCCCGAGCUGUUAACCAGGCUAUUGGCAGGGUCAUCAGGCAUCGCCAGGACUAUGGUGCUAUCUUCCUAUGUGAUGACAGAUUCACAACUGAGAAUGUAAGAGGCAAGCUGCCUUCGUGGGUCCGCCCUUACGUGAACGUUUAUGACAACUUUGGACAUGCAGUCAGAAGUGUCUCAGUUUUCUUCCGUGUUGCUCAAGAAAUGAUGCCCCUGCCUGUGGCACAAUGCCUUUCUGGCUCUGCUGUUACACUGAGUGAAAAUGAUGUGGAACCUUCUACUUCAUCUGAGCAGAUCCCCUCCCUGCAGAAAGCCAAGAUCUUGGAUGACCAUGUUCCUAGUUUGAAGAGGAAAAGGAUAGUAAUGCCAGCAAAUGGAGGUGGAGCAUCCAGCCUCUGCACAGAAUAUGAACAAGAAAUGAUCUCACCUAGAAGACAAUGUAUUGGGCUUUUGGAUGCGUUGGAGCGCAAUGAGAAGAACAGCAAAGAGGUGGAGGAAGAUGAUGGUUUGCCAGGGGAGGAAAAGGCACAACGUCUGUCAACGCUUUCCCUUCAGUAUGAGAAGAGGUUAACAGAUGAGCAGAAAGGAGGAAGGAAGAAAAUAAAGCUGGUCAGCAAUCCACUGGCCAGCAAGAUAGCAGAUCCAACUGAGCCAAAGAAGGCCCGAGCUACCUUAUACAUUGCAACAGUGAAGAAGACCCUAAGCCAGCAAAACUACAAUCUCUUCUCUGAGGCUCUUCAGCACUACAGGACCACAGCUGACUUCAAUACUAUGUUAUCUCAAAUGAGUUCCCUUUUUACAGAGGAUGAAAAAAAGCAUAUCUUGUUGCGAGAAUUUUACCAGUUUGUUCGACCUCACCAUAAAAAACAGUUUGAUGAAGCAUGUUGCAACCUGACUGGGGUGGGCUGUGGAUACAAACCUGAGCACAGCCUCCUGCUGGAAGAGAGAGAGGGACUGGCAAAGAAAAUAGAAGAAAAAGGGAGUGGGCAGAAAACAACAUUCUCAGAGAAUUCAUGUGUUCAGCUGAAUCCUGGGCUCCACUUGAACCAGGGAGGAUUUCACUUGACAACAGACCAGACCAGUGCAGGGGUAAACACCAGUCAAGCUAUGAGCAAAGACAUGAAAAAUGUGUCGGGUUCAAGGAGAGAUCACCACCAGGUCCUCAGGAUGACUUACCUCAAUGAUGUGAAAAAGGCUUUGAAGGAAAGUGCUUACAGCCGCUUCCAUGAGGCGCUGCUGGCUUACAAGAGGACGGACGACUAUGAUGCUAUGAUACCAGUGGUAGCAGCCCUCACCACUGAGAGGCCGGAAGACUUUCAUCUCCUACAAAGGUUUACCAUGUUUGUGCGCCCGCAUCACAAAGAGCAGUUCAGACAGGUGUGUAAAGAUCUGACUGGAACAGUUGGUGGUGAUGAACAGAAGCAGCAGAUGCAGAAUGAAAAAAGUGCUGUGACUCUGGAGAGGUGGUUCACUAAAAGAGAAAACUGCUCUAAACAGGAUGGAGAUGUUCCUAAGAGUGAGCUUCCAGAAAAAAAUGAAGGAGAGAAUUCCUCCUCGUGCCUCAGCCAGAAAUGCAAACUUGAAUUAUCAAAGACUGAAGUAUCUAAAGAAAUGAGUAAUGUGAGAGCACCCACAGCUCCUGGAGUUGUGCCGAGCUUACCACUAGAGUUGGAUCCAGAGUUUGGAAGAUACCAAUGUCCUAACUGCAAAUCUGAGGAUGAUGUACCCUUAAAAUGCCCAUUGUGCAUCUUCACUUGCUGCAAAACAUGUUGGGAGCAGUUCUUAAAGAUGAAGAAGUGCCCAGAAUGCUGCUGUGACGUGAAGAAGAAGCGCUUGGUUCGAGCUUAUUUCUGGUAAUGGUCUCACUGCCAGAAAGGACAAGUGCUUCAUGUCAGCAGAAAUAGGCUCCUGUGCUCUGACCCUGAGCUGGUAGGAAGCAGGAGGAAGGUUGUUCUAAACAUCUCUGAUCCUUGAUGCUGGUGAACGUGCUGUGCACCAAAAUGUCAUUUUGUUCUGCGAAUAACUGAGUCUGAAAGGUCAGGUGUGUGCACUGCUGGCAGGAAACAAAGCAGCAUUGUCCUCUGUUGGGAUGAAGAUGGUGAAUUUAUUUAUUUUAGCCCGUGAAUUUUAUAUUGACUUGGACCUAAUUGUGUAUCCUGGAAGAGGCUGUCAUCGCUUGGCCUUCAGGUAAUAUCCAUCCCUGGAAAAACCCUACAGCAGUACUAUAUUGGAGUGGAGCUGGCUGUGUUACCAGGUCAGACACAGCCCUACAGACCCCGUCAGUGUUCUUAGAGGAGCAGUUCACGUUCUGCUGGUGUUUACCAGUAGCUGUUGUCUCCAAUAGCAGAAGAUACUGAAAGGAGGGCUUUUCUUCAAACAAAAUCAAGUGGUUGGAUGGUGAGCAGAGAUGCUGCACGGUGCCUGCUGUGCACCAUAGAGCCCAGUGUCAUCCACAGUGCAGGGAUUUUUGGAAAUGUGCUUCUAAGGAGGCUUUAUAUUCUGCCUAGCACUGGCAUUCCUGUUGUGUCAGUGUUGUUUGAUGGUUGUCUUCCAAGAAGAAAAAGGAUCUAAUUGAUUUCAAUCUUCAAAAUAAAUGAAGUGGAAUAGAUAAAAAAAAGCUUCUCAAUACUUCCACUCUCUGUAAGUAGUGGGAAUAAGGAGUUAACAUAAAUAAAAUCAGUUUUAAGUCAUCAGUCAUGUCUCUUAACUGAACUAUAAAUAAAAACAUUUUUAUGUAUUGGUUGGGCUGUAUUUUUCUUCCACCAGAUAUAGAAACAAGAGCUGGAGUGCCAGUGGCCCUGGUAGGAGUAUGUGAAGAGUUCUGUGCUGUGGGAUUUUUGACAUUGGAGUAUUUAUGAUCUUUUGCUCAUUUCUGUCAUUCUUUCCCUUUGCUGAUUGUUUUUGAGGCUCCUGUGGUGAUGUUGACACUUCUGUUUGUGUUCAGAAUUUUCUAGGAGAAUGUAUUUAAUAAUUUUGUUGUUUGAUUCUUUGUUAACCCACAGGAUUUCUAUAUUUGAUUUUUAUAAGUCUUGUGAAAAUGAAGAGAAGAUUUGGAGGGAUGGUGUCAAGAAGGCACUGAUGUUAAACUCUUGUCCUUUAAAAGGAUUUUGUUUUUAACAGGUGUAAGAAGAGCUGUUGUAUGAUGGGAGUAAAAACCUCAAAUGCUCUCUGGCGAAGCACUGAUGUGUUGCUCUGCAGCUUUGGGGCCAUCUGGUUUCUCCUCAAGGGACAACCAAACCUGCACAGCUGGAUCAUCCCCAUCCUGGAUUCUCAGUUUAAGGAGCAGAAAGCCCUGGAGCUGAGUGAAACUGGGAGCAGUGAAGUGAUUUGGUGAUGGUUCAGUUCCUGUGUGCUCUACAAAGUCCCGUGGGAGAGCUGCAGCUUGCUGCUGGUGCCACUGGAGGGAAACCACAGCAUGGGAAAGUGAGCAGUGGUCACUGAAGUGCUUGAUCAGAACGUGGUGCAGUUUUUACCUUUCUUUCCACAAUCAGAAUAGAUUUUCAGCUGUUUCUUUUCCCCACCACUGGGGUUGGUUUAGUUUUGGAGACCACUUCUAUCCAGAAAUACUGCAGUGUUACUGAGAUGAGGCUGUGUUAAAACUUCAGUGCCUCCAAAGAGUUGUGUGUUCCUUCUCUUGCAUUUGAGCAGCUGGAUCAUCUCAGUGAAGAUUUACUGUUUACUGGACUUAGAGGACCACACCAACAUGCUCUGAGCUGCACCUGUGCUCCCAGCAAUGGAGCUGCUGUUUGUAGGUGGAAUUGGGUUGGAGUCAGCCUGGGUUGUUGCUUUCUUGUGGUCCCUGCCUGUAGGUCCCCAGCACGGGGCUGCCUCCAGCACUGCAGGGCAGCAGCACCAGGAACUGCUUCAGGAUGUGCCCCCAAGAAAUGAGAGCAACUUUUGGUCGUCUUGGAAUGAGCUGGGUUUACGAGAAGAGGCAGAGAAAACACAGCUUAGGAAGCCCAGAAAGUGAAAACAAGACUGUUUUCUGAAACAUUUGCAUUGAUGCAUCUGGUGAGAGGAACUGACUGUUCCUGGAAAGGAAAACUUAUAAUAGGCACUCCUGGUGGGUUUUGGGAAGCAAAGUGACAUGGGAGUUAAAACAUCAGAGAGGAGGUAGUUCAAUGUGUAACUCAUUACCUCUGCCUUAUGGUGCUGUGACUGGAGAGCUGCCUUCAGUUCUGCUGUGUGUCAUUGGAACAUUCCUACCCAUGUACUCUCUUCAUCAUAAAUAAAACAACUCAGAAGAGACCAAACAAAGCAACCCUAUCAGGAAAGAGGUGAAUUGACUACUCUUGGUGUUGAUAAGCAACUACUGCUAGCAAGGGGUUUCUCUGCUGUACAGUUUUCUCUCUGAAUAGUAAUGAGACUUCAUUUUGCAGUGGUUAUGAAAAGCAAUGCUUUGGGGCACCCUGAAGCUCUUGAAAGUGUGAGAUGAUGGGAAAGUGGAAUCGACCCCCUGGGGCUGUGGUGCUGUGUUGUUCCCUGAAGCAUUUUCUCAGGUCAGGAGGUCAAGGGUGAGUGGAACUGCUGCCUUCAGCAGCACUGAGCCCAUCCUUGGAGGUUCACUGGUCAAGUAAAGGAACAGAUGGAAGAAGGGUAACUGGAGGUGCUUGGUUUACUGGCUUUUGUCCCCAUGACAGAAAGAUAUUGCCUGGAUGUGCCAUUUCAGUCCUCCUGACAUGGUAUUUCCCUCUUUAUGAGCAUUAAUCUGAGCUGGCUUUGUUCUAAAGUCAGAGCAGAGAGGCCUGGUAGUGCUGCAGAGUGAUUUGACCUGGCACUUCCUGCAUCCAUGGCACUGCUCAUCCCCAGCAGGGCACAGGUGUGCCAUCAUCAUAUGGUUCAGUGUCAUGUGGGCUCCUCCAUCCAGAGAGGUGUGUGCAGCUGCUGGUAGCACAACAAAGGUGUUAACAGAGGGCACUCAGGUUUUUUUUCCAAUCACAGAACACUGAGGACCGGAGUAGAACAAACAGCCCUUCAGACUGCUUUGAGUAACCAUUACUUUACAGAUGCUGCAUUGUGACCCUUCAUCACAUCAACAGCUCGUGGGUUUGCAAAAGUUAUGAUCUGAUUUCUGUUGCAGCUUCUUGGACAAGUUGAGAUGUGUCAGCACAGAGGCGCUGGCAUGUCCCAGCCCUGGCACUCAGCAUGCACUGCUCAGUCACUGCUCUGUGUCCCACCUACAAAGAUGUGGCUCUUGGGUGGGACUGGUGCUGCUGGAAGGAACCUUGGGAUCCUACAGAACAUCAGGAUGUGCUGCUUUUCCUGGGUGGUGACGUAGUGGUUUGGUUUGAGGACUUCUUAGGGAAACGUUCAGCCCUCGUAGGAUCCUUAAGAUUAUUAGGAAUGGAUCCAAUGAGAGUCACCACCCAGAAAGGAGUGCAGAUGCAGUGACCCAGAGGUGAGCUGGGGCAGUUUGGUGUCCCUCUGCCAAACAUGAAUUCCGGUGUUGCAGAAGGUGAGUGCUCCGUGUGGGUAAUUCUCUGUAAUGAUUUGCAAACUCAUUUGGCUGAGCAAAACCUCCACAUCCUCUGACCCCCUGCACUGUGACUCACCUUUAUGUUAACAGCAACUUCGCAUUUGUUUUUUGGAGCGCAGUGUUUAUGAUGCUGGUUUGGCUGCUGCUGAGUGUCUCAGUCUUUAGAGAGCCUCUGUGGGUAUCCAAAGCUGCUUCCUCCUAUGGGGCUGCUGGAUUGGGGCUGCUAUGGGGCACGAAGCUGUGCUCCCUCUCCCCACGCAUGCACCUGAUCUGGAUGCAGCACACAUCACUGUGCACAGUGUCUGUGUACAAAUAUAUUUGGGAACUCUGAGCAUUGAGAGGUGCUGCCCCCCCAUGCACGAAGCCACCAAAGGGUGUUAGCCCUGCAGAAAGCCCAGAGGGAGGUGGGUGCAGUGCUUUCCCAGAUGGGUGCUCUCUGUGCUGCGAUGGGAUCGUAUGGUGCUGUAUUCACCUCCAUCGGUUGGAAAGCUGAACGCCCGGAUAAUUUGCUCAUCUUUUUGCCCCCUAGCUGCUCUCAGUCUCCUGCAGCUGUGCUGUUCCUCCCUGCCCUGCAGCACUGAACCCACGGGGAUGUCUGUAAGGGAGGGCUGAGCUCAGGAUGGGGCUCCUGCCUGCACCCCGAGGGAAGGGGAUGCCUUGCUCCUUCUCCUCCCCUCUGUCCUUGCCUUUAAGGAAGGCCACGAGCUGCCUAGGGCUCACCAUUAUUAGCACUUCGAGCACAGCGUGGAGGUGUCCUUGGACUUCAGAGGGAGCCCGAGUAGGGCAGGACAAAGUACACCCGUUCUGAUGCAUUUAAGCAACAACAGCGGUGCUGCUGAACGCGCUCCUGGGUCUCUCUGUUGAGCAGCGCUGCCGCUGCUCAUUCUCGGGUCCGGCACUGCCAGCACAGCAUCUGCUGUCUGAUGCUGCCGUGCUGCUGAGUGCUGCACCCGCUGAGCAGCGGGGUUCGGCGUCACAGCUGGAGCGGGGCCGGAGCUGCGGUGCUCGGGAAAGAAGAGGGUGAAGUUGUGAACCCGCUAUGGGGAUGCCCUACCCGAACACGCUGAGCGGGAGUUGCCGUCGCAUCACGGAGCCUCUGCGAGGAUCCGGAGCCCCCACCGACGCCGCCGUGCCUCGUAGACUCUGCGG